UUGAAAGCGUCGGUUCGUGGAUCGCAGAUCGCAGAUCGUGGAUCGUGGAUCGCGUCGCUCUUAGCCAAGGUUAAUUAGCCAAGAUCCGAGAUUUAAAAAUAUAUAAAAAUUAAUCAGAGAGGGAGCGAGGGAAAAGCGUGAUCUAGUAAUGUCGUUUUUUCGCAAUAUACGAUCUUCGUUAUCGUCUUCUUCGCGGGCCAAGAGUUCCCGCUCCUCAUCGCGCGACACCACGCCAGUUCGCUCCGGAUCUCGUCCAGCCAGCGUGAUCAGUGGUGUGGGAUCCCUGGGAACUACACACCGAAGGGAUUCCACAACCAGUUCGACUUUGCAGCGAGGAGACACCUUCAUACUACCCAAUUCCGAGGAGGAAACGGGAAAUGCCUCAAACACUUCCACGCUGGAAAAGAAAUCCAAGAAGUCCAAGGUGUUUAGCAAGUUUAGUACCUUCACCAAGCGGAAGAAGACUCCCUCGCCGGAGGAGGUGGCCAGUUAUGAGCACCAUCCCAGUGACACGGCCACAAAUACCUACUACAAGUGGCGCAGUGAUGGAGCCGAUCGCCUGCAGGACUACGAUGCCCAGUCGGAUCCCUUCAACUUCCUCUACGAACAGCACUCGAACCUGAGAACUCUUCAGUCUGGAGAUUCUACUGGUGUCCAUCGACAACCCAGCAUAGGUUCGAACUCAAGUGGCAGCUUCGAUUCAUCCACCUAUCGAAAGAGCAAAACACCCACGCAUUUGAGGGAGCAACUGGAGCAGUUGAAAACCCACUCGAACGAUGAUCUCCUGGAGGAUCAGCAGAGGGAGGAGGAUGAGCGGGAGAAGUACAAGACAGUCACGAUAAAUAGCUUUAGGAAAUCCUUCAGGGAUCGCUUGCUGCAGCAGCAGAAGGAAACCCCUCAUAAUCCCGCCUGGUUCGUGGAAGUCCCCGCUCAACAGUCUAAUGUGAAACCCCUGGAACGUCGUGAAUCCAAAGAGAAUCGUCCGGACUUCCUGGUCUUCGAUAAUGAUAACUACCGUCCUCAGUCGCGUUCUCCCCUGAGGGAUCGUCCUUCCCGGUCCGCCACUCGAUCGCCAGUGAAACGGAAUGAGACUUUCCGGGUGGCACAGCCUUCAGUUCGUCACUUAUCUCCCUCGCCUGUGACCUCACCUGCUCCUUCGAUACGAAUCGAGAUCAAGAACUCCAUAUCCCCGCAUUCUCCAGGGAGAUUUGUACCUGUGGGAGUGGCUAAACCGAUGCCUACCACAGAGUAUUAUGCUCACAGAUUGCUGGCCAACAGAACGGGGAUAACGAGUCCCAGUCCCAGUCAAAAUCACAGUCAAAAUUCCACUCAAAACCCCAGAUGGUAUCGCCAGCAAAACUCACCCACCCGCUUGAAUUUGGGUCACCAACAUCAUCAGCAGAAUCUGAACCUCAAUCAGCAGCAGAAGGGAGGAAGAACCCUGGUGCACAUAGGAUCGGAUCAGGGUAAAGGAUCAGGGGUUAACCCACCCACCAGAGGAAGGGCUCCCACGAGGGUUCAACUCUAUGGCAACAAACCACAAAGUCGACAAAGUCAACCUGCAACCUACUUUGGUGGCCACUACAAUGCCACAGCGAAAGUGAAUCCCCGGGGAACGUCUUGUUCUUCCAUUGGAGGUCCCACUGUAUAUUUAGGGCGUCGCGAACCACCACGUGCCACCACCACAAAUAUUAGCACCACCGCCCACAUUGCCGCCCCCAUUCCACGUCGCAAUCGAUCGCCGAUCAAAAUGCCCUGGCGGUAGGCGUUAACCGAAUAUACGAAUAUAUAUAUAUAUAUAGUAUAGAUAUAUAUACGUACGACAUGAAUGGAGAAUCAAGAAUGAGUGGCUCUCAUAUAUAGCAGUUCUUUCCAAAGUGACAAUAUCGAUAUUGCGUCAUUAUCGAAGCUGGAAACUCAGCUUUGCGAAAGUUUUUUUGUUUGCUUUAUUUAACCCAUCGAUAAUGGGCAAAUAUAAAUGAUUUAUGUAUCCAUCAACCCAAACAAUCCGAAUCGUGUGUUGUGACUUUUUCUACGUAAAAUUAUUGUUAAGUAAAUAAUAAAAAAAAAGAAAUAAUAAUAAACGACAACAGAUAAUGCAUAAUGUGA